CUUACCUCGGCCCUCCAGAUGGCAGCUGCUGUCGGCCUACUCUCUGUACUCCAGAAGACAAUUUCUCCAGACCAGCAUGAGCUCGAAGUUGCUCAGCAUUUUCUUGAAGAGGCUGCCAAAAGCAAUCUGCCUGCUCUACUUACACAGCUUAGUGACAUUCUCGCAGAUGUGAAAAAUGACCCAGUUGUACGUAUGCAAGCUGGCCUUCAACUCAAGAACGCUUUAUAUUCCAAAGAUGAAGCGAUUAACAAAGUUUAUCAAAAUCGAUGGCUUCAAUUCCCUCCUGAUCAGCGAGAACACAUAAAACAAAAUUGCUUCUCCACUUUAGGCACGGAAGGGAGUGGACGGAGUUCAGCUGCACAGUGCGUGGCAUAUAUAGCUUGCGCUGAAAUACCUGUUAAGCAAUGGCCUCAUUUAAUCGUCAGUUUGUGUCAAAAUAUCCUACGUCCAGACGCCAGUGAAAGUUUGAAGCAUGCCACUCUUGAGGCCAUGGGAUACAUAUGUCAAGAUAUAGUUCCAGAAAUAUUGGUUUCCCAGUCUAAUGAGAUUCUGACUGCUAUUAUAUGCGGCAUGAAGAAGGAUGAACCAAGUGAAAAUGUGCGCCUAGCUGCCACUACUGCCUUGCUUAAUUCUCUCGAAUUCACCAAACAUAAUUUCGACAUUGAGAAUGAGCGAAAUUAUAUAAUGACGGUAGUGUGCGAAUCAACUCAGUCACCUAAUCCACAAAUUCGAGUUGCAGCUCUUCAAUGUCUCGUAAAAAUUAUGUCUCUUUACUACUGUCAUAUGGAAAUGUACAUGGGGCAGGCCCUUUUUGCUAUAACUUAUGAUGCAAUGAACAGCGACAUCCCUGAAGUGGCCCUUCAAGGGAUUGAAUUCUGGUCCACGGUUUGCGACGAAGAACUUGAUUUGGCUCUUGAGGCAACUGAAUGCAUGUCCAAAGGUGUUCCCCCAGCAAUAUCCAGUAAAUUUUAUGCGAAGGGUGCACUCGAACAUAUUACGCCAAUUUUGAUGAGGAUAAUGGCUCAGCAGGAUGAAGCGGCCGAUGAUGACGAUUGGAACCCAAGUAAGGCAGCUGGUGUUUGUCUCGUUCUCUUGGCACAGUGCUGCGAGGACUCUAUUGUUCCAUUGGUUAUUCCUUUCGUGAAUGACAAUAUAAAGCAUGAAAAUUGGAGAAUGCGAGACGCAGCAAUAAUGGCAUUCGGAAGCAUUCUUGAAGGCCCCAAUACCGAUGCUCUCAAGGUAAAUCAAUGA